AUUUUUUGUACACUUUGAAAUUUAGAAACAAAAGAGAUAUAGUUAAUUAUGUAAAAAUUAAUUAUAUGUCAUCUGGGAUAUAAUAUAUAAUAGUCCCAGGUGUCAUGAAUUAACUCCCCUUACUGAUUUAAAUUUCCCACCAAAAUCAACAUAAAAGUCUUCACUGUUGGAGAUGCAAACAGCCUAUUUAUCCAAAACACAUUUUGUAUCUUCGCCGUAACAGAGUCUAAGAGAAAUGUAUUAGAACUAAUGGUUAAAAAUCAUGGAAUUAGGAAGGGUCAGUGUCAGAGGACAAAACGUAAACUUAUUGUAUCAAGCUAUUCAUCGACAGCAUGGUUUAGUGUGGUCUAUUGGGAAAACGAUUCAACUGGAAAACAUCAGUUUACUUGAUGGUCAAGUAGAAAACAACUCACCACUGAAGCUUGGAGAGUUCCAACAUGAUGUACAUUCAGUGCACUGGAGCAGUAACAUUGGACCUACUACCUGCUAUUUAUCUGUAGUUCACAGUCAGCAUGUAUCGUUAUGGAAAGUUGAUGGAGUAGUACCUAAACUGAACUUCAAACAAGUUAGAAAGCUCAAUGUACAACCUAUUCCACAAGGUUGUUUAUGGAAUCCAGAUAGAGAUAUUUUAUGUGUUUUAGCAAAACAACAAUGUAGUUUUUUCUUUCAUCAUACAGAAGAUAAAGGAAGUUUUGCCUUCUCUCCACUAGAAGAUGAGAAGAUAAGAUGUGGUACCUGGACAGAAGAUGGAAAUAAAUUGGUUUUGUGUAUUGGUGCCUGUUUACUAUUGUAUUCCUGGCCAGAUAUAGAUGAAACUAUUAGUAAUUAUAAGUCAGCAGUAUGGAGAAUUCCUAAUUUAGAUGGAUGUGUGACGUCCAUUGUGUCAUUAUCAGAUAGUAUAGUAUUAUGUGCUGCUGAAUUGCCUCUGGAAAGUCUUUGUAAAGUCAAGGACACUUUUGUGAUUCCAGAUUUAAAUGAAAACACAAACAGUUUACAAGAGGAUAUAAUCUCACCAAAGAAAUCUGUAUCUGCAACAGAAACGUUGUUCAGCUUACCCAGAAAUCCACAGUUUGACAUAGAAUCUACAACUCAGCUGGUGACAGUUAGUCUAGAAGAUGAAAAAGAUCCUUGUAGUAUUUCCAUGAUGGGGAUCAAAGGCAUACUUACACCAGAACUCUUGGUUUAUAUUCCACAUAUAAAAUCGGUUGUUGUUGGCAGUAAUACACAGAAUUUAUUGCAAGUUUUUACAUUUCAAAAUGGCAGCAUUACAUCAGGCUUAACAAAAACAGCAGAAGUUACACUAGACAAACAAGAAAGACCAAAAGGAAUAUCUCAGAUAUUACCUUCCUCUACAAACCAGACUGGUAUCCUGUUAGCAGUAGGAAGAAGAGCAAGUUCAGAUUCAGCCUUCCUGUCAUCAAGUUCAGGAUCAGCUAUGGAAAUAAAAUUGAAAUUCUAUCCUUUUACAAUUGAUAAAAAUGUACUUAAGAACCUCAGAGAACAGCAUGGAUCAUUGGAAUUUAAAGAGUCAGAUAGUUCCAAAUCUGUAAAAGAAAAUGCUGAAAAGGUUUCAGAUACAGUUGACAUACCAGAAAAUAUCAAGGAAACAGGCACUCAUGGAAACCAAACUGAAAAAUAUGCUAAAAAUGAUUCUUGUGAUCAUUAUGAUCGUGAUCUUCACAUUAGAAAACAAGAAACAGUCACAGAACUCAAAGAUUUCUCUGAAACUGAUUCCACUGAUUCAUCUCCAAGAGAUAUAAUCAUAGGAAGUCAAACAAAGGGAGGUAAAUCAUUAGUUGAAGACUUGACUGGUUCAGGGAAUUCUGGGAGUGAACUUGAAACUGAGACAACAGAAUUUUCUGCUAAUACCCCAUAUUUUCAGAAUAACAUAGAUACAUCCUUUCAUGACUCUAUAAAGGAUCAGUUAGUUAAAUCAGUCAGUGAUCAAUAUGAUGUAGGGGAAAAACCCGUCCAAAGGCCAAAGGUUACAACAUGUCUUGAUGAUUCUGCUGUGUCUAUGGCAACCUCUAGUACAUCAUUUGUAACAAAUGCAGAUUCAACAAAGGAAGAAAGAAUGCAACUUGAGAUUGAUAAACUUAACCACAGAAUAGAAGAAUUGAAAAUGAAAGUAGCACAUCUUACUGAACUUAUCAAAGAAUCUACUAUAAUUACAAAAUACCAGCCACAAAGUCAGCCAGAAUUAAUACAAAUACAUUGUAAAUGUCCUGGCGUGGAAACAAAGAAAAAAUCUUUCCUAUUAGAUAAUGGUAGAUUACAGUAUGAAAUUGUUAAAACAGCAUUCGAGCUUACAACAUUAGAGAUAUUUAUUGAUGAUGAACCAUGUGUAGUAAGUGCUAACAUUGAUGGUUACAUUCCAAUAAGAUUCACUCCAUCAUCCAAUUUAGUCAUCACAGGAAACUCUGAAAGGGGAGACAAUACAGCAUAGUGAACAAAAAAGGAUUUGUGAUAUUCAAUAUCGAUGUGUAAUAUGUCUGCAGAAAUCCAAUGUGUGGUUGAAUCUAUACAUUAAAAAUGUUAAAGUAAUCACACAGAUUGAUUGAAGUGACUCUACUUAAUAUUUACUACCAGUUUCUAAUGGACCAUUUUGAGCAGCUGUCAGAAUUUUUAAUAGUUUUUGUAACAUUCUGAAUAGAAUUGACUUGUUAAAAGAAAAUUGUUUACCGGUACAUAAAUUCCAUACAAAAAUAUCAUUGCUGUAUAGAUCUGAGUGUUUUGUAUAUUAUAACAUAUAUAUUUUAUAGUGUACAUACCAAAUGUGUUCUACAUGUAACUUAUGCAAUAUUUUAUAUGUUAUUGUUAGAUGUUUUUUUACAUUUCAAUUUAUUUUAUUAUUGCUAUUUGACAAUAUAUAGCUUCAUAAACAUGAAGUUCCUAAAAAAAAAAUUGGUAUUGUUACAUUUCUGCCCUUUUUAUUUCUAAGUUGCAUGCCCUGUAUUACAUUAUGGGCCCAUUACUUAUUUGAUAAGGGUCUUGCUGGAUAUAUUUAGGCUAAAAGUCUGAAUAAUACUGUAUAGUGCACUUAGGACAAAAUAUUUAACAUAUAGUUAGGAUCACUCAAAGUAAAAGUUGGCUUAUUUAAAAACAGACAUUCUUAUUUUUAUGUUGUUGGGUUAAUGUCUCUCAUUGAUACAUCACAUCUACUCUUAUUCAUAUUUAUUUUAUAAAAAAAGUUAGAACUGAUGAAAAUAGUUUAUCUUUCUUAUCCAUGAUAAAGAAGUCUGUGUGAUGUGUCUAAUCAACCUUCACACACUGUAAAUAACAAUGAGCAGCAAUUCCCUUUAAAAAUAAGAAGUUACCGGUACUUAAACAUUGCAAUUGAAGGUUUUAUAUGUUUGAAUGUAUGUGCUUGUUUUUAUGUCUAUUUACAAGCUCUAUCAAAAAUAAUAAUCAUUUUUUCAAAAUAUUUCCCAUAUUGUUUUGACAACUAUUAAUGUCAUUGAUUUGUGUAUAGAUAAUGAAUAUUAAGUUCCCUAGCUAAUUUCCUUUUGGUGUUUUUUUUUUCCGAACAAAAUCUCUAGAAGAAGAAACAAUAUUAGACUGAAUUUAAUUCAUGCUUCAUAAAAAUCAGCAAAUGAUAUAUUUUAUAAAAUAAUUAAGCAUUAUUUAAUUUCAGUCAAAAUAUUUUAGAGAUGCAUCAUGCUAAAAAUUCUCUAAAAUUAGUGGUCUUACAUGAGUUAUCUCCACUUCAUUUUAUAUAUGUUAACUAAGAUUGAUCUUACAUAUACAAAAAGACAUACAAAUUUAAAGUUCAAAAAUUGCAUCUUUGUAGAUAGUCAGUCAUGUGAUAGAUUCAAGCCAUAUCUGAGUUCUAUAUUUUAAUUGUAUAUCCACAAAAUAAUGUAUAUUGUAAAAAUUGUCCUAUGUUAAUUUUGUAUAUACUGCAUCAAAUUACACUGAAGACUUGGUUAUAAUUUUUUUAUAGCAAAUCUUGUUAUAGAGCAAAUAUUUAAUGAGAUUGUUGACACAGAAAAUCUAAAAUAUUUUGUCCUUUAGUGCCUUAUGGUGACAUAAAAUCAAUGAUCAGUAAAGCAGGCAAGACAUUUCAGUGUGUGCACUCAUAUUUUUUUUGUGUAUAUCCUUUUUUGAAGUGGUAUAAACAUAAAUUGUACUAAAAAAAUUUCUACACCAGGAAUAGAUUACCUUAGCUGUUUAUGGCAAAACCAGAAUUUGGAUCCUCAAUACCCUUCAACUUUGAAGGCUUUUAACUUUUUUGAUUCAAGCGUCACCGGUGAGUCUUUUGAAGACAUAGCAUGCAUCUGAUGUACAAAACCAUAAGCCUGGUAUCUUGGAUGAGAUUUUAUGCCCCAGCCUUAGCGGAGAGGGCAUGAAGUUUUAUCCUUGUCUGUCUGUACGCCCAUAAGUACGUACGUCCUGAAAUUGGUUUUAGUUCUCUAAUUUAAGUUUGCAUCUACCAAAUGUUAUGAAACUUAUACACAAUGCUUAUUACAACAAAACACAGAUAAAGUUUGAAUUUGGGUGGCGUCACUUUUACUGUUCUAGAGUUAUGCCCCUUUACAAAUGGAAAAAUUGCUGAAUUUUUCGUUUCCAUUCUUUUAACUUAAGUUUGCCUCAACCAAAUAUUAUGAAACUUAUACAAAAUGCUUAUUACCACAAAACUCGGAUCAACUACGAAUUUGGGUAGCGUCACUUUUACCGUUCUUGAGUUAUAUGUGCCUUUAUAAAGUUAUAUGCAAGCGGGGGCUUUAUCUGUGUCCCAUGGACACAUUCCCCAUUUAUUUAGUAAUGGGGAUAUUUGUCCAUUUAUCCAAUAGUGUUUUGUUCCACUCACAAUAGUCUUAAUACAAUGAUGCUACAAAGUUUCCCUCAAAACUAAUGGGAAAUUCCAUUUUCAUUAUUUUCUCUGACAUUACAUGACCAAUCUGAAUCAAAAUUAAGAGAAACAAAAUUUGGAAGGUCAUUCAUAACAUUAUUUCAUUUGUUAAUUAGUGAAUAACAUGACAGUAAAGACUUAAGCUUGAAUUGUGCUUUGUCAUGAACAUGCAUGAAAUAUUUGCCACUAGACAUUAAGCAACCAACAAUCAAUCAAUUGAAUUGUGCUUGGUAAAUUUGUCUCCUUUGAAAUUACAAAACCAAAUAUUUUAAUCUAGAUUCCUCAUUUGAUGCUGAUAGGCAGGCAUAUGUAGUAGUAAUGAUGACAUGCUCCUAUCAAACAUAUGGGGAAAUCAUUUUCUUUUUUUCCUUUUGAAAGUAAAUGGAUAGUUAGAACCAAGCCUCCCAGAAAUAAUGUAUGGAUGGCCUUAUGUUAAAGAUUAUCUUAUUUUGUUCUAAUGUGGCAAAAACAUGGCUGCCACAUAAAUGUCUUCAUUCUGAUUAGUUAAGGUUCAAGCUUCUUCUCUUGAAGCUACACAGGAAACUUUUACACAAUGUAACCACCAAACACAGAUCAAGUUCGAAUUUGGGUGACUUUCACCCUUCUCAUGUCCCUUUAUUGACUCUUGCAUAUUUACAAGCAGAGACAUCCGUGUCCCAUGGAAACAUCUUUUAUUUGUUUCACAAAUAUUCAGGGCUGUUUUUAGACAUGAUAUGCAUAUUCUCUUUUUUAUGAUAACUGAUUUGUAACAUAUCAGAUAAAAAUGUAAAAUAAUAUGUCUGUUAUUCAUCACACAUAUCUGUGUAUUCCUAAAAUGUCUUUCUUAUAUCUUAUUUGUUUUAUAAGUAUACAUUCCAUAUUAUGCUUUGAAUAAAAAUUCUUACUUA